CAAUGUACCUAUAUCACGCAGUGACAGAUGCGCGCCGUUUACCGACGGUUAGUUGUUGUCGUGCCAUGUCGUUGUUAUUAUUGUUGUUGUACAAGUCGCGUCGGUCGCCGACGCGACGCUACGCUAAGGAUGCCGCGUUGUUUACCGUUUGUCUGAUGUUCACUUUUCUCCAAUGCCAGACAACGAAUGCGGCCAUUCCGUUGGACGAGGAAAAAUCAAAAGAAUAUAUAAUCAGCCAAUUGGCCGACAUAAUUGAAGACCAACGUAAUAGAAUACUGGAAGACCAAAAUCGACAUAAUUAUCCGCAAGUUGAUGAAAAUCGAAAUAUCCCCAGAAUAAGAGUGACCGAUAAAGAACCGGAGUUCACGUAUGACUCGGGCGCUUUGGUCGAGCCUGAAGUGAAUACAGGCGACAAAGAAGUGCCGUUUGCCGUUAUGCCCUAUAACCCGCGUUAUUAUAAACCAGAAUAUUACAAUCGUUUGGCUGUACUUUCGCCAAAUGAUAAGUACUAUGAAAACGCUGGUAAAAUUCAUUCAGUCCACACAUCAAAAAGCAAAGAAGUUCAUGAUUUUAUAGCUGAAACUGAAGAAUACAAGUCAAAAUAUACAACAGAAAAUACAAGUAGUGUUCAAACAACGUUGGAUAUCACACAUUCAGCUUUAUCUUAUACGCCAUUUAUUACAUCUAUUUAUUCAAAAUUUAGUCAAAACGAUUAUUAUUUCUUUGCAAAAGCUGCUGGAGUUGGUUUAGCUGUUUUGGUAGUUAUGGUCAUGUCAUUAAUUGCCUGCUACAAGAUGCAAAAAAAUAAAAAAUUGGCUGCGGAUAUAGAUUAUCCAGCGUACGGUAUUACAGGGCCCAAUAAAGACUUUUCUCCUACGGGCGAUCGUCGGUUAGCACAGUCUGCCCAAAUGUAUCAUUAUCAACACCAAAAACAACAGAUUAUAGCAAUGGAAUCAAAUUUUCACUUUGUGGAGACAUGGUGUAUGCUAUGCACUUAUGGAAACAAUGCUGUAAAAGACGCCCGGAGUGGUUCUAUCACAGACCCUGAUAGUGAUGAUGAUAACGAGGAAGGCGACUAUACGGUUUAUGAGUGUCCUGGAUUAGCACCUGCGGGGGAAAUGGAAGUUAAAAAUCCACUGUUUCACGAUGACAACACACCUGUCUCGUCUACAAAUAACAGCAAGGAAGACGUACGAGAAAACGGUGCUGUAACAACAGUUCCGGUCCCUUAAUUGUGGUUUGAGAAUAUAGUUAGCAAGUUUAACGAAUCAGAUUUCAUUUGUAUCGAGGGUUAAUGUAUUAUUCCCUUUAGAAAAAUAAGUUUUGUUUUUUAGUUUUGUUAUUUUUACCAAUAUUUAUAAAAUGUAUAAAAUAAAAUGUACCAGAAAUAAUAUAUA